CUCCACAUCUCUACUUGCUAAUCACUCAUAUACUCAUGGCGCCACGGAAUUGUGCGCUCUGUAAUAAUGCGCGGGCUAUUGUGAAGAGGCCGAAGACAGGCCAACAGAUAUGCAAGGAUUGCUUUUUCUAUGUCUUCGAGACAGAGGUGCAUAAUACUAUCACCGAGGCUAGCUUGUUCAAGCGCGGGGACAAAGUAGCAAUCGGUGCUUCAGGAGGGAAGGACUCCACUGUCUUGGCAUAUGUGAUGAAGACACUGAACGACCGCUAUGACUACGGCCUUGAACUUUUCCUUCUAUCAAUAGACGAGGGCAUCACAGGUUAUCGAGACGACUCGCUAGAGACCGUUAAACGCAAUCAGCAGCAAUACGACAUGCCGUUGAAGAUCCUCUCCUAUGACGAGCUGUAUGGGUGGACAAUGGACAGAAUCGUCUCAACAAUAGGCAAGAAGAAUAACUGCACGUUCUGUGGCGUAUUUAGGAGGCAAGCGUUGGAUCGGGGCGCGUCUUCACUCAAUGUGGAUCACAUCGUGACGGGACACAAUGCGGAUGAUAUUGCGGAGACAGUCUUGAUGAACAUCAUGAGAGGCGAUAUUGCAAGGCUGGGACGGUGUACGUUGAUAUGUACUCAAGGGGAGGAUACUAUCAAACGGUCAAAGCCUUUCAAGUACGCGUACGAGAAGGAGAUUGUUAUGUAUGCGUACUUCAAGAAACUCGACUACUUCUCCACCGAAUGCAUCUACUCCCCCGAUGCUUAUCGCGGACACGCACGAGCUUUUCUAAAGGAUCUCGAGGCUGCACGACCUAGUGCUAUUAUUGACAUCAUCCAUUCAGGAGAGGCUUUUGAGGUGAAGGACGAGGUGAAGGCGGCGCAGAAAGCUCAACAAACAUGCAAGCGAUGUGGCUACAUGUCAAGUAAUGACCUCUGUAAAGCUUGUACACUGCUCGAAGGCUUGGAGCGCGGGCUAGCGAACGUUGCGGUCACAGAUCGAGGACGACGAAAGAUGGAUGCCGAGGGUCCCGCAUCCAACGAACUACGGACUAUUCCACUCUUCCAGCUACCUGCGGGUACAGCUGCUACAACAAUACAGGCGACAACAUAGAGGCCUGCGUGGCCAACUGUCUACCACGCAUCAUGUAUCCUGCUGUACGCUGUAUUCUCUUGGUUUGUAUUCAUCGCACACGCCCUGUAUCGUUAUUGUAAUUUCACCCAUAUCAUGCCAGGUCAUUU